GAACAUGGGAUAGCGAAGAAAGCGGUUUUCUUUAUUCCAUCUCACUUCUAUUGUUAAACCGCCACUCAUAGAUAUCCUAUACAGACUAGAUAGGCCAUAAAGCCAAGUGCGCAUCAUCAGUAACGUCACAAUACGCCGCCAUCUUGAAGGUUGUAGACGUAAACAGGAAGUACUAGUAGGGUCAUGUAGUUUGUCUUAUCGCAAUGCCUUCGAAAGGACCCCAAUGCUAUGCUAUAAAUUGUACCACGUACAAGAAUCCACAGAGCCGAGCGGAAGGCGUCACAUUUCACAAGUUUCCAAGUGCUGAAAAAAAUCCAGAUCUUCUACGUGUAUGGAUUGGCAACUGUAAGAGAAUGAAACAACCGUCUAAGCACAGCCUUGUGUGCAGUAAGCAUUUUGAAGAUGCUUGUUUUGACCGGACUGGCCAAAUAACUCGCCUGAGAGAAGGAGUAGCCCCGACUAUUUUCAGUCUGCCUCCUUAUUUACAGGAAACUAAUGAUGUUAUAACUUUUCAUCAAUGUACAAUAUGUGAUGAAAUGUUUCAACAACUUGAUGAUUUAAAAAGCCACUACAAGGUACAUGUUAAAAAAGAGAAAAUUGAUGAUGUAGAUGAAUAUUGUCAUGUUAAAGAAGAGAAAACUGAUGAUAUUGAUAAAUAUUGUCAUAUUAAAGAAGAGAAAACUGAUGAUGCAGAUGAAUAUUGUCAUGUUAAAGAAGAGAAAACUGACGAUGUAGAUGGAUAUUGUCAUGUUAAAGAAGAGACAACUGAUGAUGUAGAUGAAUAUUGUCAUGUUAAAGAAGAGAAAACUGAUGAUGUAGAUGAAUAUUGUCAUGUUAAAGAAGAGAAAACUGAAGACAUUGAAACAUGCUAUCAGUGUAAUUUGUGUGAUGAAGAAUUUACUUUAGAAACUGAUUUAGAAAAACACUGUGAAAUACAUGUGAAAGAAGAGGAUUCUGUUUUACAACAUGGUAAAAAUUGGGAAACAAGUUUAAGCCAGAAUAAUGAAGAAGAAAAACACAAUUCACAAGAGGCUAAGAAAUGUAAUGUUUGUAAUAAAUUAUUUAUUAAUGAAUAUUACCUUCAAAUUCACAUGAGAAAUCAUACAGUAGACAAACCCUUUAAAUGUGAUGUUUGUAGUAAAUCAUUUACAAGAAUUCUUCAUCUUCAGACACAUAUUCGAUCACAUACUGGUGAAAAACCUUACAAAUGUAAUGUUUGUAGUAAAUCAUUUUCUGCCACUACAAAUCUUCAGUCACACAUAAGAAUUCAUACAGGUGAAAAAGCUUAUAAAUGUAAUGUUUGUAAUAAAUCAUUCUCACAGAAGGCUCACCUACAGAGACACACGAGAAUUCAUACAGGUGAAAAACCUUAUAAAUGUGAUGUUUGUAGUAAAUCAUUUACUCAUAGUGGUGGUCUACAAACACACAUGAGAAUUCAUACUGGUGACAAGCCUUAUAAAUGUGAUGUUUGUGGUAAAUCAUUUACUCACAUUGGUACUCUACAAAAACACAUGAGAAUUCAUACUGGUGAAAAACCUUAUAAAUGUAAUUUUUGUGGUAAAUCAUUUUCUACCAGCAGUAGUUUGCAUGUGCAUGAAAGAAUUCAUACUGGCGUAAAACCUUAUAAAUGUGAUGUUUGUAGUAAAUCAUUUACCCACAUUGGUAAUCUACAGUCACACUUAAGAAUUCAUACUGGUGAAAAAAAUUAUAAAUGUAAAUAAGACGUUUAUUUUCAAUCAUUCAAAAAGAAUAGUUACCUACAAUCACAAGAAAUAUACAGGAAAAAAUCUUAUUAAUGUGAUGUUUGAGAUAAAUCUUUUAGUCUGAAUAGUCACAUGAGAAACUUGAAAAAUCUAAUUAAUGUGAUGGUUGUAAUAAAUCAUUUAGUCUGAAUGAUCACAUACAGACCCACAUGAGAAACCCGAUAAAUGUGAUAUUUGUAGUAAACCAUUCUCUACCAGUGAUCAUCUACAAAAACACCAGAAAUUACACUGUAAAAAGUAUAUAAAAAAACAAUACAACCACCGAAUGUUUAUUAGGAGUGUGUACUACUACUCUUCAACUGAACUAAAUAUGUGAACUGUUCCCAGAAAACCAGGCUCUUGGCAGGAGAUUUAAAUAGUCCACAGCCUACGCUUUCCAAAAAUGCAAUUCUUUCUAAUUUUGUCGAAUUAUCUGGAAAUGAAAUGAAAUGAAAUGGGGUUUAACGUCCUACUGUUCUUAUCAUCUGGUGUUGAGUUCGGUUCAUUCACAGUAACAAGAAGGCAUACAGUUUAUACUUCAGUGCUCGUAGUACAAAAUGAAGUUGUGCGGGUCACAUAUAUUCCCAUUUGUUAGUGAGGUCAAAUGUAAUGUUGUAGUAAAUAGUAAUGACGUAAUGUAACACCAGUGUAACUCUUUACCUCACUUUUGACCUCAAGUAAAGUAUUAAGCCGAAAAGGGAGAUAACAACACUAGUGUUACUCGAAAUUUAAUUUAAACAUGGCCUCCACUUAUUCUACUUGGAUAAUAUCAGCUUGAUUCUAAAGAAUUGACCCCAAGAAAUCUUUUGUAUAAUACCUACCAUGCAAGCACAUUUGAUGGUGGUUUUCUGUGAUGCUGAACUUGACAAAUAUAUGCAUAAUAAUUCCAAGCUUGUGGACACUCUAGAGGUGACAAUUUUUAUACGAUAUUAAUGAAACUGACAGUGUAUGUUUAUAAAUGACAGAUCUCAACAUUUUUAGCUUGUGGACCCUCUAGACCCCACGGUUUCUAUUUGAUUGUCAAAACCGUUCAAAUAUAUAACUGCUGCACCAUAAUUACGGUUUAGUUCACAUUUCGUGAAAAUCUGACAGAAACUGCCCAACAAAAUGGCUGCUACCCUUAAAAGCAUGUAAUAUCCAGGUUGUGGGCCAGAGGUUCGAAUUUUCAUCCAAUUUUGAUGUGGAGGGUGUGUGAAUGGUUAACGUGUGGGCAUUGUAUCAGGUCUGUCAUUGAGUCAAGUGGCAUGGUUUUGAAUACCUGUUUGAACGUGACAGGGAAGUAAGAUCAUUUGUCCAACCUCGUGGAUUUUCUCUGGGUCCUCAAGCGAAUUAUUGAAUUUGAAAUAAAAUUGAACCACAUGUUAGUCCCAAAAUGACCUAAUUUGUGUUGAGUGGACAUUAAUCUCCAUUUCUCUUCCUUGUGCAGAUGUCCUCUUAAUGGCUUUUCCAACGACCUUCAAAAGGAUGGACGAAUGGUAAGCAUGUGCGCGCUGUAUCAUAAGUCCUGCCAUUGAAUCAGCUGGCAUGGUUUCAAAUCCCCGGUUGUACGAGAAAAGGAGUAGGGUCGCCUGUCCAACCUCGUGGGUUUUCUCCGGAUCCUCCGGUUUCUUCCCACUGCUAAAGACCCCUAUGCGCAAGUUUAUUAUUGAAAUAAAAUUAAACCAUAUGUUAGUCCCAAAAUGACCUAGUUUAAUGACCCAUUUAAUCAGGGCUGGCCACGAAUAAAUUGAUGGCGAGCAGAUGACUGUGUUACGGUCCAGGCGAUUCCAGUAUUUCGCACGUCGUUUCCGACUGAGAGUGUCAAAAAAUGAGACCAGCUCCCUUGUAGAGUUCACGCCCGAAACACAUUUAUAUAUCAAUGUCAUACAUUACCAUGUAUCACAAUAUAAUGCCCGAUAUCCAUCUUGUCCUUUUCACAUAAUUAUAUUUAUAACAUUCCCGUUAGGCCGAUGAAUUGACACAAAUCAGUUAGUGAAACAGCUGGCGGCCAUGACACUUUGGCGCGGUCAAGGCUAUAAAGUCGUCAUUGUUAGUAACGCUCGCAUUGAUUGGUUGACAACUGACAUCAUUGGAAUCCCCUUAUAAAUAGAAGCA